UAAUAAUAGUAACAUAGCAAAGUAGGGUACACUGUAUCACCUAGCUAGGGGAGGAGAACUAUUGCGUGACAAUUCAAAAGUAGGGGACAACAACGCUUAUGCUUCUUUUUCAGAUUUACAUCCAUGAUAACCACCAUUCUUAUUAGUGAUAUCAGGGAAUAUGUACCCUUUUUUUUUUAGUUUUUCUUAGAACGAUAGCUAAUACAGUAACACCGUGUAAGUUGUGUCACUCUAUAAAUACUAAGAGCUGUUUGAAUGCUACUUACAAGUUACAACAAAGAUAAAGAAAUCACUCAACACUUACAUAGUCAUAUAGCAGCUUAAUUAGAGGUGAAAUAUCAUUGAAAAGAGUAGAAGGGGUUGUUUGUUUGUGAGUGUUGAGACUUGAGAAGUUGAGAGUGACACUAAAAACAUCAUUAGAAGAAUAGAGUUAUUAAGAGACAAUGGGAGCAAAGAGGUCUUCUACUUGCUCCUUUGGGAGUGUGUUCAAGGCAUGUUUCUCAAGUGGUGGUAGCUAUGAUGAGUACUGGGAAGGCAGUGGCAGUGGGAGAAGGAUAUUUGCAAGUGAUGAAGAUAGAGGGCGUUGGGUUGCUGAGCCUGGCAUUGACAGAAAAGCCUCUGAUUUCAUUGCUAGAUACUACGCCUCGCGAGUCACCGACUCUGAACGCCAAUUUGCAUCUUGAAAUUGCCUUAAUUUCUUUCAUUGCUUCCCAUUCUUGCAAGUAGCUAAGGUUGUUUUUUUCUCUUUUACUCAGACCAGUUGUGUUAUUGGUUGGUUCCUGCCGGGUUCUACUCAUUUGGUAGUAGUGAUAUGUGUUUUGGGGGAAACCGACACUUGUUAAUUAGCUAAAAUAAUGUGGUCAUUAAUAAUGUAAGAAUGGAUUCGUUGUUAUUAGAAUUUUGAUUAGUUUUACACUUUUA